GUGGCUGGGCCCCGGCUUGAUCCCCGAGCCCCGCGCUACGCCCGCUGCGCUCCGGCCGCCGGAGUCAUGUCUCUGCUGUGCGUCGGAGAGAAGUUCAACACAUACGUGACUCUGAAGGUGCAGAACGUGAAGAGCACUACCAUCGCUGUGCGAGGCAGCCAGCCCAGCUGGGAACAGGACUUCAUGUUCGAGAUCAACCGCCUGGAUCUGGGCCUGACGGUGGAGGUGUGGAACAAGGGUCUCAUCUGGGACACUAUGGUGGGCACUGUGUGGAUCCCACUGCGGACAAUUCGCCAGUCCAACGAGGAGGGUCCGGGAGAGUGGCUGACGCUGGACUCUCAGGCCAUCAUGGCAGACAGUGAGAUCUGUGGCACCAAGGACCCCACUUUCCACCGCAUCCUCCUAGAUGUGCACUUUGAGCUGCCCUUGGACAUCCCCGAGGAGGAGGCACGAUACUGGGCCAAGAAGCUGGAGCAGCUGAACGCCAUGCGCGACCAGGAUGAGUACUCCUUCCAGGACCAGCCGGACAAGCCGCUGCCUGUGCCCAGCAGCCAGUGUUGUAACUGGAAUUACUUUGGCUGGGGAGAGCAGAAUGAGGACCCCGACAGUGCGGUGGAUGACCGGGACAGCGACUAUCGGAGUGAGACCAGCAACAGCAUCCCGCCACCCUACUACACGACAUCGCAGCCCAAUGCCUCUGUGCACCAGUACUCCGUGCGGCCGCCCCCUCUGGGGUCCCGGGAGUCCUACAGUGACUCCAUGCACAGUUAUGAGGAGUUCUCAGAGCCUCGGGCACUCAGCCCCACAGGCAGCAGCCGCUAUGCCUCCUCCGGGGAGCUGAGCCAGGGUAGUUCUCAGCUGAGUGAGGACUUCGACCCCGAUGAGCACAGCCUACAAGGCUCGGAGCUGGAUGACGAAAGGGACCGCGAUUCCUAUCACUCCUGCCACAGCUCCGUGAGCUACCACAAGGACUCGCCCCACUGGGACCAGGGUGAGGAGGAUUUGGAAGAUGAGGAGCUGCCCGAGGAGGAAGAGGAGGAGGAGGAAGAGGAAGAAGAGGAGGAGGAGUUAGAGGAAGAGUUAGAGGAGGAGGAGGAGGUGCCCGAUGACCUGGCUAGCUAUGCCCAGCAGGAAGACACUACUGUGACUGAACCCAAAGAGUUCAAGCGCAUCAGCUUCCCACCGUCUGCACCUCAGAAGGAGGAUAAGGUCCCGACUGUGCCCACAGAAGCCCCUGAUGUGGCCAAGGGCAUCCCCAAGCCGACCACCCCUGAAGAGAUGGCAGCAGCAGAACGCACACAGGAAGCCGAGCCCCCCAAGGUUGAAGAGAGUUUCAGGUCUCGAGAGGAUGAGGAGGGCCAGGAAGGGCAAGACGCCAUGUCCAGGGCCAAAUCUAACUGGCUGCGAGCUUUCAACAAGGUGCGGAUGCAGCUGCAGGAGGCACGAGGAGAAGGAGAGAUGUCGAAGUCCCUGUGGUUCAAAGGCGGCCCAGGAGGUGGCCUCAUCAUCAUUGACAGUAUGCCGGACAUCCGGAAACGGAAGCCCAUUCCCCUCGUGAGCGAUCUGUCACUGGUCCAGUCGCGGAAGGCAGGCAUCACCUCCGCCUUGGCUUCCAGCACGUUGAACAACGAGGAGCUGAAAAACCACGUUUACAAGAAGACCCUACAAGCCUUAAUCUACCCCAUCUCCUGCACCACGCCGCACAACUUCGAGGUGUGGACGGCCACCACGCCCACCUACUGCUACGAGUGCGAGGGGCUGCUGUGGGGCAUCGCGCGGCAGGGCAUGCGCUGCACCGAGUGUGGCGUUAAGUGCCAUGAGAAGUGCCAGGACCUGCUCAACGCCGACUGCCUGCAGCGGGCGGCGGAGAAGAGCUCUAAGCAUGGUGCGGAAGACCGCACGCAGAACAUCAUCAUGGUGCUGAAGGACCGCAUGAAGAUCCGCGAGCGCAACAAGCCCGAGAUCUUCGAGCUGAUCCAGGAGGUCUUCGCCGUCACCAAGAGCGCCCACACACAGCAGAUGAAGGCUGUCAAGCAGAGUGUGCUGGACGGCACGUCCAAAUGGUCCGCCAAAAUCAGCAUCACAGUGGUGUGUGCCCAGGGUUUGCAGGCCAAGGACAAGACAGGAUCCAGUGAUCCCUAUGUCACUGUCCAGGUUGGGAAGACCAAGAAAAGGACAAAAACCAUCUAUGGGAACCUCAACCCGGUGUGGGAAGAGAAUUUCCACUUUGAGUGCCACAACUCCUCUGACCGGAUCAAAGUGCGCGUCUGGGAUGAAGACGAUGACAUCAAGUCCCGCGUGAAGCAGAGGUUUAAGAGGGAGUCGGAUGACUUCCUAGGGCAGACGAUCAUCGAGGUGCGGACACUCAGUGGCGAGAUGGAUGUGUGGUACAAUCUGGACAAGAGAACAGACAAGUCGGCCGUGUCAGGGGCCAUUCGGCUUCACAUCAGUGUGGAGAUCAAAGGGGAGGAGAAGGUGGCACCCUACCAUGUCCAGUACACCUGUCUGCAUGAGAACCUGUUCCACUUUGUGACGGAUGUGCAGAACAAUGGUGUGGUGAAGAUCCCUGAUGCCAAAGGUGACGAUGCCUGGAAAGUUUACUAUGAUGAGACGGCCCAGGAGAUCGUGGACGAGUUUGCCAUGCGCUAUGGCGUGGAGUCCAUCUACCAAGCCAUGACCCACUUUGCCUGCCUCUCCUCCAAGUACAUGUGCCCUGGGGUACCCGCUGUCAUGAGCACCCUGCUUGCCAACAUCAAUGCCUACUACGCACACACUACCGCCUCCACCAACGUGUCUGCCUCCGACCGCUUCGCCGCCUCCAACUUUGGGAAAGAGCGCUUUGUGAAGCUUCUGGAUCAGCUACACAACUCCCUGAGGAUCGACCUGUCCAUGUACCGGAACAACUUUCCAGCCAGCAGCCCCGAGCGGCUGCAGGACCUCAAGUCCACGGUGGACCUCCUCACCAGCAUCACGUUCUUCCGGAUGAAGGUUCAGGAGCUGCAGAGCCCCCCACGUGCCAGCCAGGUGGUGAAGGACUGCGUGAAGGCCUGCCUCAACUCUACCUACGAGUACAUCUUCAACAACUGCCACGAGCUGUAUGGGCGCGAGUACCAGACGGACCCGGCCAAGAAGGGGGAGGUCCCCCCAGAGGAGCAGGGCCCCAGCAUCAAGAACCUGGACUUCUGGUCCAAGCUGAUCACACUCAUCGUGUCCAUCAUCGAGGAGGAUAAGAAUUCCUACACGCCAUGCCUCAACCAGUUUCCGCAGGAACUGAAUGUGGGAAAGAUCAGCGCCGAGGUGAUGUGGAGCCUGUUUGCUCAAGACAUGAAGUACGCCAUGGAGGAACAUGACAAGCACAGGCUAUGCAAGAGCGCAGACUACAUGAACCUGCACUUCAAGGUCAAGUGGCUGUACAAUGAGUACGUGACCGAACUGCCCGCCUUCAAAGACCGAGUGCCAGAGUACCCUGCGUGGUUCGAACCCUUCGUCAUCCAAUGGUUAGACGAGAAUGAGGAGGUGUCCCGGGAUUUCCUACAUGGUGCGCUGGAGCGAGACAAGAAGGACGGGUUCCAGCAGACAUCGGAGCAUGCCCUGUUCUCCUGCUCCGUGGUGGACGUCUUCUCCCAGCUUAACCAGAGCUUCGAGAUCAUCAAAAAGCUGGAGUGUCCUGACCCCCAGAUCGUGGGCCACUACAUGAGGCGCUUCGCUAAGACCAUCAGCAACGUGCUUCUGCAGUACGCCGACAUCAUCUCCAAGGACUUCGCCUCCUACUGUUCCAAGGAGAAAGAGAAAGUGCCCUGCAUCCUCAUGAACAACACGCAGCAGCUGCGGGUCCAACUGGAGAAGAUGUUUGAGGCGAUGGGUGGGAAGGAGCUGGACGCCGAGGCCAGUGGCACCCUGAAGGACCUGCAGGUGAAACUCAACAGCGUCCUGGAUGAGCUCAGCCACGUGUUCGCCACCAGCUUCCAGCCGCACAUCGAGGAGUGUGUCAAACAGAUGGGUGACAUCCUGAGCCAGGUAAAAGGCACAGGCAACGUGCCCGCCAGUGCCUGCAGCAGUGUGGCCCAGGAUGCUGACAACGUGCUGCAGCCAAUUAUGGACCUGCUGGACAGCAACCUCACCCUGUUUGCCAAAAUCUGCGAGAAGACGGUUCUGAAGCGCGUGCUGAAGGAGCUGUGGAAGCUGGUGAUGAACACCAUGGAGAAGACCAUCGUUCUGCCGCCACUCACAGACCAGACGGGCACCCUCUUGAGAAAACAUGGCAAGGGCCUAGAAAAGGGCAGGGUGAAACUGCCAAGCCACUCAGACGGAACACAGAUGAUCUUCAAUGCGGCCAAGGAGCUGGGCCAGCUGUCUAAACUUAAGGAUCACAUGGUCCGUGAGGAAGCCAAGAGCUUGACCCCGAAGCAGUGCGCCGUGGUUGAACUGGCCCUGGAUACCAUCAAGCAAUACUUCCACGCGGGGGGCGUGGGCCUCAAGAAGACCUUCCUGGAGAAGAGCCCUGACCUCCAGUCCCUGCGCUACGCCCUGUCGCUCUACACGCAGGCCACCGACCUGCUCAUCAAAACCUUCGUGCAGACGCAGUCUGCGCAGGGCUCGGGUGUGGAAGACCCUGUAGGUGAAGUGUCUGUCCACGUGGAGUUGUUUACGCAUCCGGGAACUGGGGAGCAGAAAGUCACAGUGAAGGUGGUGGCUGCCAACGACCUUAAGUGGCAGACUUCCGGCAUCUUCCGCCCCUUCAUCGAGGUCAACAUUGUUGGGCCUCAGCUCAGUGACAAGAAGCGCAAGUUUGCCACCAAAUCCAAAAACAACAGCUGGGCGCCCAAGUACAACGAGAGCUUCCAAUUCUCGCUCAGCGCAGAUGCAGGCCCCGAAUGCUACGAGCUGCAGGUGUGCGUGAAGGACUACUGCUUCGCGCGCGAGGACCGCACGGUGGGGCUGGCGGUGCUGCAGCUCCGGGAACUGGCCCAGCGCGGGAGCGCCGCGUGCUGGCUGCCACUCGGCCGCCGCAUCCACAUGGACGACACGGGGCUCACAGUGCUGCGCAUCCUGUCGCAGCGCAGCAACGACGAGGUGGCCAAGGAGUUCGUCAAGCUCAAGUCAGACACGCGCUCCGCCGAGGAGGGCGGUGCCGCGCCUGCACCCUAGCGCGAGUUAGGGUGGGGUGGGGCCUGGGAGCGAAUGAGGCCCCGCCCCGUAGACCCCGCCCUUUCUAGAGGCCACACCCCUCCACCUCAGUGGCCUUGGCUGGAGAGGCCCUGCCUCCUGCCCCUAGAAAAGCCAUAGAGGGUCCGGUGCCCAGGGCAUGAACUGGCAGGGCUGCCUGGAGGCCGGGACGCAGCCUCUGGUUUCUGUGCAAAAAAACAGUGCGGGAUGGGCUCUCAAAAGCACACGCGCCCUCGGGUGCACACCUGGGGCUGAGGGCGCCCCUCCACGCGGACCCCGCCCUCAGCACAGCGUGCCCACUGGCAGCUGGCGACCCCCUGAUCGUGCCACGCACGGUGGGCUGAGCGCCGACAGAUGUUCCAGCCCCCAUCGCUGCUAAAUCUCCUUCUGCCCAAUUCUUCCCCUGUCCCCCCCCUCCCCUCCGGGCCAGGGUCCCCGUUAAACCCUCAGGCUGCCAAAAAAGAUCCCUAUCCGAGCCCUUCCUCCUGGGACUUUAGCCUGAACUGACAUACAACCUAGAGUUCCAUCAAGAAGAGGGGUUUGGGGUUUCCCCGGAGCCAGGCGCCCCCACCCCCUUUGUCUUUUCUCCAAAUCCAGGCAGGACAGAACAGAGAGAUGAGAAACUAGGAGGCUGGGAGGGAGAAUGGGAAGUGCACUCUGUGUUCUGUGCUGUGCUGACAGAUGAACGGUCCUUUUCUGAUUGGCUCCGAACGGCGGCGGAUGUCUCCUGGAUUCCAGCAGGGCAUUCAGAACCGAAGGGUUGGAUGCAGGCUCCAUGCAGGGACAGGGAGCUCAGCCGUCCCAUGUGCUGAGGGAAGACCAGCAGCCCUGACUCAGUUUAGGACAUCAGCCAUGGAUGGAUGGCUAAAAGGGAGGCGUUUUGGCCAGAGAGCGACCAUAGACAGUUUCUAAAUUGCUGGCAGGAAUGUGAAGUGUGUGUGUGUGUGUGUGUGUGUCGGGGGGGUGUGUGUGUGACUGACAGAACCAAGAUAGUCUGUGUCCCCCCCUCCUGCUUCCCCCUGUGUGUAUGUGUGUGCUGGCCCAGAAUGUUGAGGGAACUCGUUUGUUGAGUGAGUUGUUCUGAAUACCAGGCUAGGACUGUUUGAAAUGUCCUUUUGUUUACUCAGAGACCUCCUAUUCAUCUUUCAAUACCCAUCACAAAAAUCCCCUCCUUAAAAACAAUUCUGACUUCCCCAACUUCUUGCCCUUCUCCAACUAGGCCCUGGUGUCACAAGACUGGAGUGUGUGUACCUGGCUCUAAAACUCCUAAACUUCUUCAAGGCUGAGGCAUCAUCGGAACCCAAGCUUCCCCAGGAGCAGUGAAGGUCAUGAUGCCUUGAAUUGUGUGUUGAGAGUGGCCGUGGGGUCUGCAUGUGACCCCACAUCCACACGCAUGCCUGUCGUUACAAUUCCCCCUACCCUGACAGACCCCCCCACACACACAGCAGGUGACCAGGCUAAACCUCAGGACACAGUAGAUGAAGACAGUAGAGGGGUGGGCUCUGAGCUCAGGACAGAGAGGAAGCUACUCAGGGCUGCUGGUCUGAGUCACCACCAGGACAGACCUGGGCUCUCUAGGACACACUGGGAUGCAGGUCCGACUGGCCUGCUGCAGGGAGUUUGAGGCUGGAAAGAGCUACAUCCGCCCACAGGAGGGGCAGGACUGGCUGGGUGAGGCAGAUAAGGGGAGAGGGGAAGAGCAGUGGAAAGAUGCGGGUCCAGGUUCAUCCAUGCCCAACGCAGAAUCCCCCAGGGAGGGGCGGCCAGUCACGCACUGUUCUAGGUUCUAUCCCCAACCCUGAAAAAUUAAAGAGGGCCUGUAGUCAGCUCACCCCAUCCGGAAGGGUCAGCACUUCAGGGGUGUCCUCUGUACCCUGGCCCCUCUUGGGCCUCAAGACCAAUUGCCUUGCCUGCCCCAUCAGACAUGCAAAAAAAAAAAAAAAAAAAAAAAAAAAAAAAAAAAAAAAAAAAAAAAAAAAAAAAAAAAAAAAAAAAAAAAAAAAAAACAANAAAAAAAAACAAAAAAAAAAAAAAAAAAAAAAAAAAAAAAAAAAAAAAAAGAAAGAAAGAAAGAAAAAAAAAUCAAAAGCACCCAGAACUCCUUGGGACCUCUCUCAGCUGGGACCUCUCACCUAUGGGGUCCCAAGGGCAGCCCUGCUGGGGGUGGAGUCAUGGUGCCCGGGGCCAGCCCAGCCCACCCCCAGCAACUUUCAGGACCAAAGCUGGCUCUGGGGACCCAAUCCUCUCCUCUUUGCCUUUUGUUUUAAAAAGUGAAUUGGGUUGACACUGUUGGGGGUGCAGGUGACAGGGAGGGUUCCCUGUACCCCAGAAGGUUCCUGACCCCAACCCCUGCCGUGCAGCCCAGGGAACCCCUCCAUUAGCCUUUCUUCGCAUGUGACUGCAGAUGUGGAAUCUGAGAGUUGUUUGGUUUUUUCCUUUCCUGUUUUUUGGGAGGGUCUUUUAGGUCCACCCCGGUUAGUCCAGCAUCUUCCAAGAAACCCUCAUUUCUCAGUCAAUCUGUGACUUAGGACAUGUAUUCAAAACACCCGGGGAGUGUUCAUGAGUGCAUGGCGUUGAGAUGUUUUGCACUAUUCUGACUUUUUGGUCUCUGUAAAAAAUAUUUUAUUAACAUUAAAAAAAAAAAAGAAAGAAAAAGCGCAGUGCCUCAGGGUCCGGCUGGCUUUGCUUCCUUUGACAAAACCUCUGUGGGCCCAGGGGAAGGCAUAAGGUGCUUGCUGCCAAGCCUAGGGACCCACACAGCGGGGACUGGGAAACUGGCCUUUGAUCCCCACUGUAUCACAGCCCACGUGCUGUCCUCCCACACACUAAAAACAAAACAAAAGCUGGGGACCAGCACAGUCAGGAGACUAGGCUGUGGCUGAACUGAGGAUGCUUUUCUUGUCUACUCGGCCAGCCAGCAUACCCAUAGCACCCCAAAGAAACCAAGGCUCAGGGGCCCAGAAACAGCUGAUGUCUGCUGUGCGUAUUUCCGGCAGGGAGGCAGCAGUCCUGAGAACAUGGCCAGCGUCUCUUUAGGCUCUACCAUCACACACAAUCUGUGUGAGUUUACAGAGUGUAGGGAGCGUGCCCCCAGGCCACAGCCCUAGACCCUGAUAACUGGUGUGAUCUGACCCAGGAAGUCCUAGCAGGGGCGUCUGUCCUGUCUCUAGCUGUCAGUCCACACAGCCUAAAGUGAUCUCUACUCAGAGUUGACAGCAGUGAGGCCCAUGUCUUUAGGGUGGGUCCCUAGGCAGGUGGCCUGGGCUGGGCAGAGUCGGCUGUCAGGCUCCAUGGGGCCUUGAGCCCACAGGAACUGGGACCAGCAGCCCAGUCUCCCUGUCCCAGGGUCCACAGCAUUUGCUCUGUCGCCCCCCGGUGGGCUCCUUCCGUGAACAUGGCAUUUGUUUCCUUGGGAACAGACUGUGAUGGACCCCACGGCAUCUUGGAGAAUCCACCAGCCACUCCCAGGAUGCUUUAUGGGGUGGGGGACAUGGGAUCCCCAGUACAUCCUGACCCACACUCCCUUAAGUGCUUGGAAGUCUGCAUAACAUGUACCUUCAAGAACCCUGCCCCCGGGGGCUGGAGAGAUGGCUCAGUGGUUAAGAGCAUUGCCUGCUCUUCCAAAGGUCCUGAGUUCAAUUCCCAGCAACCACAUGGUGGCUCACAA